AUGGCUGAGUCAAUAGAUGCUGCCAACUCUCACCAAUUCGGGCGAACAUUUGGGGAGAAAUACUUCAUGUUCAAACCGGGUUUCAUCCAUCUGAACCAAGGGUCUUAUGGCGGAUAUCCUCGACCAGUGCGGGAUGCCUUACGCUCUGUCCAGGACUCAGUGCAGGCCGAACCGGAUGCCUUUGUUCGAUACGCAUACCCGAAAAAGCUUGACGAAGUCCGCGAGUUGGUUGCAAAUCAUGUUCACGCUGCCAGCAAAGAUGAAAUUGUGUUAAUCCCAAACGCAACAUUGGCACUCAACACCGUGCUUCGCAACCUGAGGUAUCAGACUGGAGACCUGAUUGCCUAUGUAGAAGGGACUUACGGAGCAAUCGAGAAGACGGUGGAUUAUCUUGUGGAAACUACACCUGUAGAAAGUGUCCGUGUUCCAUUUGAUUGUACUGCUGAUGAUGACGAUACUCUUGUUGAAUCGUUUCGAUCUGUGCUGCAAGAGCAUCAAGGUCGCGUUCGGGUGGCCAUUUUCGAUACCGUCUUGAGUAUGCCAGGACUCAGGAUGCCGUUUGAGCGCCUGGCAGAAAUUUGUCGGGAUUUCAGUGUACUAAGUGCAGUCGAUGGAGCUCAUGGCAUCGGCUUGAUCGAUCUUAAUCUAGAAAAGCUUGGUGUCGACUUUUUCACCACCAACUGCCACAAAUGGCUCUUUGUACCGCAUACAUGCGCAAUUUUAUACGUCGCAUUGAAGAACCAGCAUCUCAUGCGGUCUUCUCUUCCAACAUCUCACGGCUUUCAACCACUACCUGAAAUUCUACAGAAGAAACAGUACAUGAGUCCGUAUGAGCCUCCUGCUUCUACAAAUCCAUUCGUAUUUCAGUUCAGUUAUACUGGGACGAUUGAUAACGGGCCUCCUUUAUGCAUUCCCGCGGCACUGGGUUUUAGAAAGAAUAUUUGUGGAGGUGAAGAAGCCAUUCAAGCUUAUUGCCAAGCAUUGGCCCGAGAUGGUGAGAAACUUGCAGUUGAGAUCCUACAGACUCGAACAUUGCCCAUGCCAGAGACGAAGCGAGUUGCAUUUGCCAAUGUCCAGCUUCCUCUUAAUAUUCUCGCGUCUGGCGCAGGAGAUGACAAUUCUAUUGCUCUGGCAGACGUUCCAAAGGUGAUGAAUUUUAUUUUGGAACAUCUUGCCCAGGACUACAAUACUUUUGUCAAUCUUGCGUUUAUUUCAGGGUCUUUGUGGGCAAGGUUCUCAGCUCAGAUAUAUCUUGAGCUCAAGGACUUUGAGUAUGGCGCAAGGGCACUGAAGGAGUUGUGCCAGAGAGUUAUUAAAAGGGAAUAUGUAACAGUGUAG